UAUGAUUUGUGCAUUAUAUUAUCAAUGGUUAAUUAACGGAGUUUCAGUUAAUCUUAACAAUAUUUGGAUCAUAUUCGACUUGAAUAUGUUAUAAAUACGUUUAUAUUUAUUGCAUUACAUACAAGUAUGAUGAGAGAUUUCACUUGAAACUAAACUACAUAGAGUAACAAUUUAAAUUCUGUUGGAACUCUUCAUCAGUUCAUCACGUAUUACUAAUUACGUUUUAUUGAUAACUUUUUUGUGAGUACUAAUGAUUGGUUAUAGCAUUAGACUUAUUCAGUACCUACUAAAUGGUAUUUUCUAUUUAUAUAAAACAAGUGUAAUUGUAUGCUGAUUUCUGUGAUGUUUAUAGUUUGUAUAUCACGAUGUGUUAAUAAACUAUUCCAUAUGACCAAUUCUUCUUGUCUGAAUGCUCUUUUCUAUGGCUCAUCACUUUUAAAACUUACUAUGACAACAGGUAGAAUAAAUUUGCACCUGUAGCAUACAAAAUACCCUCAUUAUACAGAGAUUCGCCUUAUGCUUUCAGAUAUAUAUCUUGAACUCCGUUUUCAUUGUAUUGCCGAUUUCAAGUCAUGGACUGUUAGAUUACUCCAUGUUGUUUUUAGGUCUAGACUGACUACCUGGCUGAGGUUCAUAUGAUAAUCAUUAUCAGUGGUUGGAUAAGUGGUGUAAUAUGUCUCAAAAUCAUCCGUAGCAGCGUGAUGCAUGUAUUCCUUAUUUACCCACAGAUCCUGAGUUUCAGAAUUACUUUAUUCCGCGAAUUCGCCCUUUCUCGGAUUAUGCUCUAUAUCUUAUCUUUUUUAUUUUGGUACUACUAACUCCACCUCUUCGUCAUUCAUGUUGUAAGUUUCGUCUCGCUGUACAGAUGUGGUAUGACAACUUGAACCGAUCCACAUAUGUGACAGGUUCUAUGUUCCUUACGACUGACUGGUAAAAAACCGACAUACCUUGAGAAAGUGUGUUAUGGAGAAGGAUAUGUUUCUAUGUAUCGAUGAUAGUGAUAGAAUGUGGAGUCUUUAGAACGUCUUGAGUGACGAUAGAGAAAUAUUUCUGAUGCGUUUUUCUUUUCAAAUGUAAUUGUCUGUUUCAUAUCUUACUGCAAGUACUUAUUCUGACUAUAGGCAAAGAGCUGGAGGAAUAUCUUAAUUAUUCGACUUAGAAAAUCUCAGCUCUGGAGAGUUAGUAAAAUGUCAUUUUAUAUAUCUAAAAACCGAAGUCACAAAGUGUUCCAGAAUCAAGUAGUGAUAUCACUUAUGGGAGUCCCUGAGAACUUGAAAGUUUUUAGAAGCUGGGAAAAGUGGGAAAAUACUUCAUCCAGUCAGGAUUAGACAGAAUAUUCCUAGGGUUUUUGAAAAACUAUGGAUCGUCGUAUUCCUUUUCGAUGAUUAUUGGUUUUCACAUGUUCCCGGUUUUUCGAACAUCAAAAUCAAAUAUAAAUUUACAAAUAUCCCUUGUUUUCUGAAUCUAAAUUAGUCUUCAGUGCUUCUUAUCGUAUUUACUGUUUAAGGCUCAAUUCUAUCGGGCUUUCAAUCAUCUUUUAAAUUGGUUAGGUUGGAAAUUCAAGCCAUUCAGUCAGAGACUAGGUUAGUCGAAUACGUCUAGGCCUUAAUCCAUCAAAACCAACUCAGAUAAAAAUCUUGACCUCUGUUUCCAAAGUUUAGCAUGAAUGCGAAUACUGUUCAUAUUUUUAUGAGAGUUAUGUAUUCAGUGCUUAAGCAAAAAAUGGCAAUUGAUGAAACACCCUUACAUAUUUCACCUCUUUAUUUAAUUAACCUCACUGUAUAAUGCUGAAUUUCCCAGUUAGUUGGAUGAAUUUUUAACAGAUUGAAUCUUUGGUUCAACAUUAAUAUUCUGAUAGUUUGAUUUCCAGCCCCAUUGGCGUAAAUACAUUAUGAAUAAGUGUACCAAAUUUAGUCCUACCAUACAUAUUAAGACAUAGGUAGCCGUUCAGUCAACAAAUAAAUUGUACUUUUCGAAAGAAAACUAAAGAUUACUACUUGAAGAAUAUCGUGGUUCACCUGGUUACGUUUGUACUGUAGUAAUGAGUUUUUUAACAAAGAUUCCGAUUUCAUUAUCCGUUCUUUCCAAGAUGAAUUUAACGUUGCCGAAGUCUCAUAAAAUUGCAACUAGGUCCUGCAUAACAGUAAAACGUUUGUCAAACUAACAAACAGCUCAAAUAAUGAAGUCUAAACAUUUAAGUCCUAUAUUGUUAUUCGUAAUCAAAACCGAAUUGAGGUAAAUCUUGGUUAAAAUACUAUUUUGUACAUCCUGUAUCUGUUAAGUAUUUUAAUUAAAUCGACAUUGUCCAUGCGUGUUUGUUUCCUGUUACGGUUUAAUACUGUUUCAACAAGUAAAUCCCAUUGGUAUUUCAAGAUGACGUUAACUAUGUAAGGCUAAUUUCUUUACCACUGACCUGAUAUGGUUUCUAAUUUAUUUCUAGACCCAUGGUGCGUAUCAAAAAUCGAUACCUCGUUUGCUUCAUUUCGAUCCAACCUCAAAAUUUCAAUUCAUUUAUACCGGGUUAUCCUGGCUGCCAAAAGGAGGAUACAGCGGCAAUGCGCUUGAGCGAGUCUGAUUUAUUAGCUACGAUAAAACAAAACAUCAUUCUUACACAUGGUUCACUUGGAGUCGGUAAAUGUAUGUCUCGCUUAAGAGUAAUUCACUGGUGUCCUGCUUCCGGUUUAUUGAUUAUACGUUGUCUUCGUAGCAUGUCUGUUUACAUCCAAACAGCACUCUCUUUGGUUACUCACUUAGAUCUAAAUGGACAAAAAAGAAAAUCGGUAAUUGACAUCUAUCAUACAAGCGGUACAGUCAGAGGCUGUCAAAAAUUCCUAGUCAUGUUUUACUCUCAUCAUUUAUUCUCAAGACCAGAACAAGUAUUUCGAACAGCCUUGUCGAUUGCCGUUGAACGAAAUAUGAUUUCUCCAUAUCCACCAUAUAUCAAUGAAGAAUCUUAA